UAUUCUGUUGUGACAUAUACAUGAAAUUAAACGAUUUAAGAUGAUUACAAAUCACCACAGAAAGAUAAAACACUAUUGCAGGGGCACUUCUCUCUCUGUGUGGAUCACUUUCCUUUAUCAUAGAAAGAAACCACACAAUGAUUUAAAGAACAGAGUAGGAGGGGUGUCAAUUUCGACAUGAAUUCGCAUGAAACAUGUUUUCUGUUGCAACAAUAAAACCAACAACCAAAUAUGAACUAGCUUUGCGCAUAUAACCUUUCCCUGACCCAGACGCAGCCUGUGCUAAGCAUUUGCAGCUUCAGUGCCUUGAACACCGUCAUUCCGGUCACAUGCAUAUAGGCUUUCAAGCUCCCUCGCCUGUCACUGUUCUACAAUGACGUCAUCGUCCUCCAGCGCAACCUUGGCUGCCUCUCGAUGACGUCAGCAAGUCAAUAACAACAAACAACAACAACAGGCUGGCUGGCUGGCGAAGUCAGGGCGGUAGGCGAGCUUGGCGAUCAUUUCCUAUGGCGAGUCUGGGGAGAGGCAGUGGCGAGGAUGCUGAAGCUGGAGGGCAGGACGGCAAAGCCUCCACGGAGAGUCUCCGGAUCACCGAGGCUGGGGAAAUGGCAGACGCAGAGAUGAAAGAGCAGGUUGCAGCGCCCCGGCAGCCCCGUGACAGUUCGCUCUUCAGCCACUUCGUAGACGUGGUAACCUGGCGGAGACCGCUGAGCAGCACCCUGCUGUUCGCAGCCACCAACGCCGUCUUCUGGUUUGUGGCCCUCAGCUCCUGGAGAGUUUGCUAUCUGCUUGCCUUAUCUUUGGUUUGCCUUGUGACUGUGCAGAUGGUGAAGGAUUUAGUGCUGUCCAGAACAAGAGGAGCCCAGCUGUGGCGCCGUCUCAGUGAGAGCUGGGAAGUAAUUGACCCCAAGCAGGAGAGCAGGCCUGAGGCAGGCCAGCUCACCGAGUGCUGGAUGAGCUACAGCUUGUUCCUGCAAGAAAUGUCAUCCUUCAAACAGCAGAAUCCUGGCAAGUUUUGCCUUCUCAUCUGUGGCUUGUGCACAUUUCUGGCUGUCCUUGGACGUUACAUUCCAGGAGUUGUCAUCUCCUAUUUUAUAGUGUUGUGCGUGUUCCUAUGGCCUCUCCUGUCGUCUCAUGAGUUUGGCCAGUGGAUUGAACCAGUUCUGCAGAAGCUGGAUUUUGGAGUUGGAGGUUUCCUUCAGAAGAUGAAAGAGAACCAUGAAAAAAGAAAUGCCAAGCGCGGAGAAGAAAACAGUGAAGCCGAGUUAUCCGCGCUAUUCCCAAAGCUGGAUUCUUCAACCAUGUGCAAAGAGCUCUCCAUAUCCGAUACGGAGGCCUCCGAGGUGUCCUGGACCGACAACGGAACGUUCAACCUCUCGGAGGGGCACACUCCACAAACCGAGACCUCGGAUGACUUGGACCGUCCCAGUGACCAUGAAGAGGCAUUCGCUGGCGGGCUCUCUGAAUUCCCGUCCGUAGACAACGGCACCAAUGGAGACGACGAGGAUCUGAGCAUUGGCCUUCCCACGCCCUCGUUUGGCCAGACCGAGGGAGACAGGCCUUCCGCCGGCGAGCGAGCGCUCGACCUGGUCAACAGAAUGGCGGGGGACGUCAUCGCCGCGGCGGUCACGGCAGCCGUUCGGGAGCAGCUGGGCGCCCCGUCCUGGAGCGCUGCCCCUCCGGCGCUGGACUUCGGUGGGGAGACGGACAGCGAGGACGGCGAGGACUUUGAGCUGCUGGACCAGUCGGAGCUGGAGCAGCUGCAGAGCGAGCUGGGGCUGGCGCAGGAAGCCCAGGAGGCCGAGCAGAAGAGUAGCAAACCCUCGGGCUUCCUCUCUAACUUGCUGGGGCGGCAUUAACAUCACCCGCCCUGCGAGGGGCGCUAGGAGAAGAACUGCCAGGGUAACUGUGAGAGGUACCUGAGCGAGACGUCUUGUAUUCCUUUCCUACGGGGCUAAACUAGGUUAAACUAAACUGUCCUGCUAGUAAUCGAUGUUUAGAAAUGGGGAACAUGGAAAAUCUUUUUAAUCAACUGGGGGAGGGGGAAUGAAAUGCGUGUCUGUCGGUUUCUCAGAGAACACACUUUUUACAUCCGUUUUCAUUCACCCAACGUAUUACAUCUGUCAGCUUAUGCCUUUCAGUAGCACGCACUGAAACAUUGUCAGGGCUUUUACUCUCGAAGAGUGUUUUUGAGUACUUCCUGUAUGCUGCCAAACGUGAGUUCAGGGACAACAAAUCAAGGUGUCACCUCUCUGACAGUGGUCUGUUUUUAAAUUCCUUGCACGCUUCUUGAGAUCAACGGCCACAACUUAUGAGGAAAUGGAGCCUUUUAUUUUAUAAGUUGACAAUCAAAUACAAGCUACACUUGAGCGCGCACUCUGCAUCUAGAAAUUUCUACUGAUUCCCUUGUGAACAUAGAUUACAGUUAAGAACCGAACAAUGGAAAAAGAAAAAAAACAGUAAUUCAAAAGAUGACUUUUGUAGCCUUUUGUGUAUCUCAGGCUUUUGCAUCUUCUCCCAAACAUGCAGGGAGACAUUUAAUCAAUUCUGCUUUUUGCUGUAUCAUAAAUAUACAAAUUCUAAAACCUUUGCGAUUUAGGCCCGCCCAUCGCCUUUCACAGAGGAACAUCAGCCUAUCCAAAAGAGACUUUCUCCUUUUUCUUCAUUCGUUUGUUCAUUAGCAGUUGAUAGUAAUCAACCAAAAAAGUCACUUUCUUAUGCACCGUACAACAGCAAUGAUAAAAACAUUUUAGCCUUC